AUGACGAUGGACUUAAUUUCAACCUGGCAACACGCGCUGAAGGAUAUUGACAGCUUCGAGCUUGAUUUUGUGUGUCAAUCCCAUCACAAGUUUAUCGCCCCUAAAUUGGAAAGCUACACGAUCAACCUCGCAAGAUCGGAUGAUACACUACAGUGGCGAGUUGAGGAACACGAGCUAGAGGCAGUGUUGGGGCUAUGGACAUGGUCACUGUUGAAUUCCAGCCCAGAGUGGCUGCAGAAUGGGCUUGGUAGGCUUGUGGGACUGAGUGAGUCCGAGGCCAGAGCAGAAGAUACUGAUCUUUACUUCCAUAAAUGGAUCUUCCGGCAGAGAGAAGCAAGGAUGGUUUCGACCAAAAUGGUCUGUCUACCGCAAUGCAUGUUUGGGUUUUUCUCAGGCCUUUAUCCCAACGACAAAGAGAUUUUGGUUGUGAAGACCGAAAAUCGCCUUGAAACUAUGGCCGCUCAAGACAUUUAUGUUCAAUUUAUCAGAAGCGUUUUCCAGAAUAUGGGAGAACUUGGCGGUGACACCAACGUGAUUUCCGGCUCAAGAGACGGGUACGUUGCUCAUAAUAACCGCCUCGAUGACCUUGUGAACUGCUUCGAAGCCAGCAACUUAGGUUCAAGGGAAGAUGCACUGUUGUGCCUAGUUCCUGGGCUGAGACAUCGAGGUCUUCUACCAAUGCUUUCUGGAGGCUCAAGUGUUGUAAAGAGUCGGAUCAAGGAGCUUACAGCCAGCAGAAACUGGGUGGAAGCGUUCUCGAUAUUAUGGUGGCUUUGCGAACGUAGUGAAGGAGAGGAGUUCGAACUUUCUGUCUUCGAACUCGGCUGCCUUUGUCGUCGUGCAAUUUUACAAACGGACCCAAAUAUACAGGCGGAAGGUUACAAGUACGCAUGUCGUCUCAUAGAGAAUGAUCCAAGGACGAGGUUCAUCAGAAGCCUGAGGGAUAGUCGCCCCACGGAUUGGAUGGACGCAGACCAACGGCCGGAACAGUGGAAGGCAUUUUCUCUCCAAUUAGGGUGGGUAAUUUGGCACAUCACUCAAAAAAUUAGUGAUCGACAAGGCAUUCAGAGCUCCCUGGAAUCUCUUGGUAUCCAUGGGAGCUCAGUGCCUAUAGGAAAGGCGAAUGGAAGUGAGAACCAGGGCAAAAAGGGAGAGCAAGCCGUACUCCAUUGGUUAACGAACAAUGACGAGGGGCUUUACAGCCGUGAGCUUCUUUCCGUAGACGAUCGUCUAGCCCUGGAUUGGUUGUGCCAGAAUAGGCAUCACGCGCUUUUGGAUUGGCUCAUUGCAAGAUGGGUUGAGUUGGAAGAGCGAUGCCCAGGGUUCCUCUACCACAUCACUAUAUGGGCCGUCGAAGGCAAAUAUCGAGUAGCGAUAGAUGCGCUUCGCCGGCGCGGUGUGAGCAUCAACAUGCAGAAUCCUAAAGAUGGCUCAACUCCCCUGAUCGACAAGAUUAUGGCGGGUGAUCGAAAGGCAAUUCAGGAGCUGCUCGACGCCGGAGCUGAUGUGAAUGGAAGUCAUUCCAGUGGAGGAACGCCGUUGUCGGUUGCCAGUCACAAAGGAGAUUUGGAAACGGUUUCCUUGCUCUUGCGCAAAGGUUCCAGAGUCAACAUUCAAGACAGUGACGGAUUCAGCCCUCUGAUGUAUGCCACCGAAGGGGGUCAUGUCGAUAUUGUUCGGGUUUUGUUACAACGUGGUGCCAAUGCUAACCUGGGCAGCUUCGGCGGAAGUACACCUUUGAUGGCUGCGGCAGCAGAUAACCGCGUGGAGAUUCUGGAACUCCUGCUUUCUCGGGGAGCCGAAGUAGAUAUGGAAAGCAGCGAUGGUUGUACUGCCCUCAUACUAGCAGCGCGGAAUGGCAGCACAGAAGCCACAAGGCUUCUGUUAAGCCACAGUGCUAACGUCCAUAAACGCACGCUUGGUGGUGAAACGGCUCUCGAUUCGGCACGAGAAUACGAUCAUAUUGCAAGCGAGUGCAUAACAUUACUCGAGUCAGCAAUGGCUUAG